AAUGCGCACCGAAACACAGAGUCUGCCGUCCGUGGCGCCAUGGUUACCAGGAAACGUCCAUCAUCGUCCAUUUGCUAAAUUCUGAAACAGUUUAUUCCAAAUAGGCCUACUAUCAAACAGCGCUGAAGUGUACAUUACUUCCCUCAACACAUUAAUUCUAUAUUUGUUUGUCUGUCUACAGAUUUUACUGGAGACGGUAGGGAAUUAUUUUUGUUGCCUGUGCUUAAAAAAACAACAACUCACUUUAGCAACACUCCUCUGCUGAGGUCGGUCUGUCUGUCCAGCUCUCUCAACAUCCCAAUGUCCCACAACAUGGUCAACCGACGCUGCUCCAAUCUCAUCCCAUACUUUUGGUUCUCUUCUCCUAUGUCCACGUCCUCCUCCAGGUCUAUCUCUUCCUCUCCCUACCCUAAGCUAUAAUCAAUGUAUUUGUUUUACAUAGCAGACGUUCGAUCCUCAUUUUAAAACGCAAGACACCCUUUGGUGAAAUCUUUUUCUUACUUCUCCUCUCUCCCUUCAGUCAGUAAAUAUGCUCACUAAAUACAACACAGGCCUUAUCAUCUAUGUGAAUUUAUUGUUUUUAACACAUCUCAGAUCGUACUGUGAAUACAAAUUAAUUUGGUGACUAAAUAUUCUUUAUUUUUAUAUCUGCAUUCAUAUGACUGCAAUCAAACAUUUGCAAAAUAUGUGGUUGAGAAGAUAAAUUACCACAAUGCUGUAAAUCCAAUUUCCUGCUUUCCGCAAGCCAUGUUCUCUUAUGUUUUUCAGUUCAAAGUAAAUCUUUUUUUGGUGCAGUUUAGUCUCCUCUCUCAAGGAGAAUAUUAAACACAAUUAGAAUUACCAAUAACUGACAUCAAGGUCGAUUAGCCGUGCAUGGAUCAUAAAAGGAGUGGUCACAGAGGGACAAUCACUAUAAGUGGAAGUUUCUGAACUUCUGUAUUUAAGUACACCUUUGUCUAAGAACUCAUUAGUGCAACACUGUUCUUCAUUUAGAACAAACCCUGCUUGUUGGCUGUGGAAAACCACCUAAUGCUCUCGGAGAUGAGGUUCACAAGAUGCAUCACGAUGAUCCAGUUGGAAAUGCUGCUGAAUGUCAUCUUUGUUUCAGGUGGUGUGGGAUCCUGUCCUACAGUUUUUCAUGCAUCUAUGCCAAACAAGAUGGAGGCAUUGAGGGACACUUGUUUGCAAAUCCCAUGUUCAUUUGAUUCACUACCAUCAAAUAAAAUAGAUAAAAGCCAACCCAUAUUGGGUGCAUGGAUAAAAUCGAACCCCUAUUUUGGGCAUGAUCCAGAAAAUUUGGUUUUCCACAGCAACAUACAAGAUAAUAUCUAUCCAAUUAGUAUCAGUGGGAAUAUGAGUGAACACAACUGCACAACUGUUUUUACAAACAUGAUCUCAAGUUAUGCUGACGUAUAUUACUUCAGAGUGGAAAGCACCAGUUUCUUUGGAACUGACAUCUGCAGUCCUCUUACAAUCACAGUUAAAGAUUCAGCCCCAGCACCCUCCAUACAGACCCUCCAGGAGGGACCACUAACGGAGGGGAGCAGGGUAACGUUCACCUGCAGGGCCAUCGCACCCUGUCCCACCCAGCCGCCUCACCUGAGCUGGAACCAGUCAGGAGGCCCUGAGGGCCGGCCUGAACCGCACAGAGACCAAGAGCCUAAUGUCAGGACCCGGCGGCUGGAUAUCACUCUGUCGGACCGACAUGACGGGGUCCGCCUCACCUGUCUGGCGGAGUAUCCGGUAAACGACCCAGCAGGCGGGCCCAGCAACAGAACAGCAGAGAGCGUCGUGACGCUCAACGUUUCCUAUUCCCCGAAGGAUACCCAGGCCUCCGUCAGCCCCUCCACGGUGUCGCUGGGCAGUGUGGUCAACCUGACGUGCACCAGCAGAGCCAACCCCCCCGUUCUCCGGUUCACCUGGUUCAGGAGCAGUGCGGAGGGACCCCUGAACGUGUCAGAUGGAUCUUUGUACAGCUUCAAUGUGUCCAGCUGCAGAGGAAUCUACUACUGCGUGGCCACGAAUCCCUUGGGAAACCAAACAUCAAAAGAGAUUAAGCUAACUAUCAGCGGUGAAAGCGUCGGAUUGAAUGUCCCUCUGAUAGUGAGAUUCUUAAUCGGUAUCGUCUUCUUUAUUGGUCUGGUCAUCUCUGUCCUGUGGUCACUGAAGAAGCCUUCAACUCGGCAACAGAAUCCAAUAUGCAAGGCGUCAGACAAGAAGGUGGAAGAGUUCUCCUUUUACAACAAACUCUGCCUGUUGGCUGUGAAAAACCACCUGCGGCUCUCGGAGAUGAGGUUCACAAGAUGCAUCACGAUGAUCCAGUUGGAAAUGCUACUGAAUGUCAUCUUUGUUUCAGGUGGUGUGGGAUCCUGUCCUGAAGUUUUUCAUGCAUCUAUGCCAAACAAGAUGGAGGCAUUGAGGGACACUUGUUUGCAAAUUCCAUGUUCAUUUGAUUCACUACCAUCACAUAGAAUAGAUAAAAGCCAACCCAUAUUGGGUGCAUGGAUAAAAUCGAACCCCUAUUUUAGGUAUCGUCCAGAAAAUGUGGUUUUCCACAGCAACAUACAAGAUAAUAUCUAUCCAAUUAGUAUCAUUGGGAAUAUGAGUGAACACAACUGCACAACUGUUUUUACAAACAUGAUCUCAAGUUAUGCUGACGUAUAUUACUUCAGAGUGGAAAGCACCGGUUUCUGUGCAACUGACAUCUGCAGUCCUCUUACAAUCACAGUUAAAGAUUCAGCCCCAGCACCCUCCAUACAGACCCUCCUGGAGGGACCACUAACGGAGGGGAGCAGGGUAACGUUCACCUGCAGGGCCAUCGCACCCUGUCCCACCCAGCCUCCUCACCUGAGCUGGAACCAGUCAGGAGGCCCUGAGGGCCGGCCUGAACCGCACGGAGACCAAGAGCCUAAUGUCAGGACCCGGUGGCUGGAUAUCACUCUGUCGGACCGACAUGACGGGGUCCGCCUCACCUGUCUGGCGGAGUAUCCGGUAAACGACCCAGCAGGCGGGCCCAGCAACAGAACAGCAGAGAGCGUCGUGACGCUCAACGUUUCCUAUUCCCCGAAGGAUACCCAGGCCUCCGUCAGCCCCCCCACGGUGUCGCUGGGCAGUGUGGUCAACCUGACGUGCACCAGCAGAGCCAACCCCCCUGUUCUCCGGUUCACCUGGUUCAGGAGCAGUGCGGAGGGACCCCUGAACGUGUCAGAUGGAUCUUUGUACAGCUUCAAUGUGUCCAGCUACAGAGGAAUCUACUACUGCGUGGCCACGAAUCCCUUGGGAAACCAAACAUCAAAAGAGAUUACGCUAACUGUCAGCGGUGAAAGCGUCGAGUUGAAUGUCCUUCUGAUAAUUGGUGGAUUCUUUGGUACCGUCUUCUUUAUUGGUCUGAUCAUCGGUGUCCUGUGGUUACAGAAGAAAAUUUCAACACAGCAACAGAAUCCAAUAUUCGAGGCGUCAGACAAGCAGGUGGAAGAGGAGAUCCACUACGGAGAGAUUGACUUUGCCAAGCGAGGUGCUGUGCAGAACCCGGUGUUCCCCCAGGGGGAGGAGCAGACCUCAGAGUACGUUGAGAUCACUGCUCAACAGGCUAAGAACUCACAGAUCAGGGCUAAACUGGAGAGGAGCUGAAUUGUUUGGACUGGGAUCUCUUUAGUAUCCACUCAUGUAUUGUCAGUGUAAACAUAUCGUGCUUCAGCAUCCAUGGCACCCUUUAUGCUUUUUGGUCUCCAAGGCACCCAAUAACCAAAACAAAAGUUUGUACGACUCCCUGCUUGGUUCUGUUUAUGAAAUCAACAGCACAACGAAUGUUAGGAAGGAUCGCUAUUAUAAAAUGCUGCAAAGACUCAGCAGGCUGCAUUUCAUUACAUUUUAAGGGACACCUUAAGAUAAAAUACUGCAACAGGAAUACAUAUGCAAUGCUUUGACUAUGUAAAUGUGUCAUCAAUAAAAUUAAAAUAAAAUCAGCCAAUCUAACCCUUUUCCGAAAAUUCCCUCCUCUAUAAAGUGGACAAUAAUGAAAAGCAAAUGCAAACCUGUUUGUAUUUAAAUGUGUUAAAAGUGGACAAAAUUCUAAUGUGAAUAAGUGGUCGGGAGAAUCUCCACCCAUUGGAGAGCAGGUAUGUCCACAAGGGACGAGGAUGUGAUGUGAAGGGUGUCACAGAUUUUAAUGUUCAGCCAUUUACCCAUGGGUGGAGUUUCUCCCACCCACUCAUUUGCAUUUUAAUAUUGUCUCCUUUGAAGCGUGCCAUAGUUGGAAAAUGCAAACGCAAAUUGAUUUAAUUUUUAUUUGGAUAUUGUCCACAUUUAAGCAGACAUGUUUUAAAAUGCAAAGAGAUAGCAUUUUAAUUGUAUUUUUGACUCAAAUAAUGUGUGUAUAUUAUGAAAAAUAAAAAGCAUUAGUGCUAUUGCAUUUUUAUCUUCAA